GUAUCUUCUUGAAGUAUGGAAUUUGUAUGGAAACAAUGGUGGUAUCUUCAGUUGGGCUGUAUGUUGAUAGUGCAUUUGGUUUAUGCCAAUCUAGAGUAUCAAAAAGAAACUCCUCCAAGCCUGCGUGAGAUUGACCAUCAGUGCUGGGAGGUAUCGUCCCAUGGGCUGAUGGAAAUGAAGAAACUCAAGGUAGCAGAUACAGUCAUUGCUCUCUGGGACUUCAUGAUGUUCCUAAAGGAAUCCCCUAAGCCCAAGCACAAUGAACUCUUCAAUGACUUAGCCCAGAACUUCUGGGAUAUGUAUGUAGACUGUGUGCUCUCAAGAUCCCAUGGAAUCGGCAGAAGACAAUUAACAUCUCCCAAAUAUUCUUCCACAUACUCAUACAGAACUUUAGAAGGGUCUUCUUUCAUCAACCCAUUUUAGACCAAAAGGGGAGAAAAUGAAGAUACUUAAGGCAACAUCAAAAUGAAGGAGCACAAAAUCACAAUAUGUAUUGUAGAUGUUUGGACAAAUCCUUUGGGAUGGUUCAAUCCUUUUUAUUUCCUUUUCUUUUUGUAUAAAGUACUUAAUAACUCCUAAACUGAUAAGUACAUGAACCCCGACACUGUCACUUUUGCUUUUCUGUCUUGCAGUCUACUAAGCUUGCCUUUUCCUCACUCCAUGUGUGAAUGUGUUCUGAGUCAACACCUUUGUUUUCCCACAUAAACUUUAAAGUCUGG